AUGGCAACCUUCCUAGUUCGACCUUUACUGGAGUCCUCCAUGGCUACCGCAAAAUCUCCACUGCUCUUGAAAUCUGCAAAGCAGUUUUUCUGUGUUCAGAAGCUUAACUUUUCUAUAUACUCCAGGCUGUAUGCUGCUCCUGUGGCGGCUAAAAAAGUGUACACAAGAGAGAAGCCGCAUUUAAACAUCGGAACCAUAGGUCAUGUAGAUCACGGGAAAACCACACUGACGGCGGCGAUCACCAAGGUUCAAGCCGGACAGAACAAAGCCACAUUUAAAGAUUACGCUGACAUUGAUAAUGCACCCGAGGAAAAGAAGAGAGGUAUCACAAUCAACGCCGCCACCGUGGAAUAUGAAACAGAUGUUCGCCAUUACGGGCAUGUCGAUUGUCCGGGACAUGCCGACUACAUCAAGAACAUGAUCACAGGUACAACACAGAUGGACGGGGCAAUCCUGGUUGUAGCCGCGACUGACGGAACCAUGCCCCAGACCAGAGAACAUUUGUUGUUAUCAAAACAAAUUGGUAUCAAACGGCUGGUUGUAUUUGUCAACAAAGCCGAUGCUGCUGAUAAAGAAAUGCAAGAGCUGGUAGAAAUGGAGGUUCGAGAGCUUCUAAAUGAAUUUGGAUAUGAUGGGGAUCACACACCAGUUAUUAUCGGAUCAGCACUGAAGGCUUUAGAAGGCACAGAUGAUGAGCUGGGCGUCAGUAAAGUAAAGGAACUUUUAAAAGCUGUUGAUGAAUAUAUCGAGACACCAGUGAGAGAAUUGGACAGGCCGUUCUUCAUGGCAAUUGAUGGUUGUUUCAGCAUUCCUGGUAGGGGCACCGUGGUGUCCGGCAAAAUCGAAAGAGGGGUUAUCAAGAAAGGAGAUGAAGUUGAGAUCAUGGGUUUCGAUAAAAAGUGGAAGACAAAUGUCACCGGCAUUGAAAUGUUCAAGAAAAGCUUAGAUCGGGGAGAAGCCGGCGACCAACUUGGCGCACUGGUGAAAGGGAUCAAGAGAGAGGAGCUUCGACGAGGUCUCUGUAUGGGAAAACCUGGCACUAUGUCCAUGCACAACCACUUUGAGGCUCAAGUUUAUCUUCUGUCAAAGGAUGAAGGCGGCCGCAACAAACCAGUGACGAAAUUUUGUCAAGCAAUCACAUUCUGCAACACAUGGUCGCAGCCGGCACUGCUGGAGAUUCCAGACAAGGAUCUGUUGAUGCCCGGGGAGGACGGCAAGCUGGUGUUUAAUAUGUACAGGAAGAUGGUGCUGGAGAAGAACCAGCGGUUUACCAUCAGAGAUGGUCAGGUCACCAUGGGGUACGGUGUGGUCAGCAACAUUCUUCCCAACAGGGACCCCGAGGAGCUGGAUGAGACCCGCAAGAAGCUCAAGAAAGAGAGGAAAGCAGCAGAGGAGGAACAGCAAGAGUGA